CUCUUCAUUGUAGUCUUCGCGGUCAGGCUCCGUCUUCUCUUCUUUAACCUGUCUCCUCCUCCUGCUCCCUUCCGAUCUAAUCAUUUCUCAACUCAACAACAACUCCAACAACUUCAACAUCAUAUUCCGAAUCUCUUCUCCACUUGAUCGUCAACGAGAUGAAAGAGAUUAGAGAUGGAGUAAAAAGUAACAAGAUAUCAAGUUCUGAAUCUAUCAGCUCUCAACCACUUGUUUUAGACAUAGAAGACUUCAAGGGGGACUUUUCAUUCGAUGCUUUAUUUGGAAACUUAGUAAAUGAACUGCUGCCCGCUUUCCAAGAAGAAGAUGCUGACUCAUUAGAAGGAAAUGGUAAUAUCAGUGGGAAUGAUGCUUUGUCAAACGGAAGGUCAACACAAACACAAUCAAGCCCACUAUUUCCAGAAGUUGACUCUUUAUUAUCAAUGUUUAAGAAUUCAUGUUCGCAGUUGGUUGAACUCCAGAAACAGAUUGAUGGAAGACUAUAUAAUCUUAAAAAAGAUGUUGCUGCACAAGAUUCUAAACAUAGGAAGACACUUGGUGAGCUCGAAAAAGGUGUAGAUGGCUUGUUUGAUAGUUUUGCAAGACUGGAUUCACGUAUAUCUAGUGUUGGUCAGACAGCUGCUAAAAUUGGGGAUCAUCUGCAGAGUGCCGAUUCACAGAGAGAAACCGCUAGCCAGACCAUGGAGCUCAUAAAGUACCUGAUGGAAUUUAACAGUAGCCCUGGCGACCUGAUGGAACUGUCCCCUCUUUUUUCUGAUGACAGCCGUGUUGCCGAGGCUGCUUCUAUUGCACAGAAAUUGCGUUCAAUUGCGGAGGAAGACGUUGGAAGACAGGGCGUGACUAUGCAAUCAACUGCUAGUAGAGGAUUGGAGGUUGCAGUUGGCAACCUUCAAGAAUACUGUAACGAACUGGAGAACAGAUUGUUGUCUCGGUUUGAUGCUGCAUCUCAGAAAAGAGAACUAUCUACCAUGGCAGAGUGUGCAAAAAUACUAUCUCAGUUUAACAGGGGUACUAGUGCUAUGCAACAUUACGUUGGUUUAAGGCCAAUGUUUGAUGUGGAGGUCAUGAAUGCAGACACCCGAUUGGUUCUUGGUGACCAGGAUUCCCUUCCUAGUCCCAGUAACGUUGCCCGUGCACUUUCGUCUUUGUACAAAGAAAUAACAGAUACUGUCCGGAAAGAAGCGGCUACCAUAAUGGCUGUAUUUCCUUCUCCGAAUGAUGUCAUGUCGAGUCUAGUACAGAGAGUAAUGGAAGACAGGGUUCCUAAACUUUUAGAAAAGUUAUUGGUGAAACCGUCUUUAGUACAUCCUCCUCCAAUGGGUGAAGGUGGUCUAUUGCUAUACCUCAGAAUGCUAGCAGUGAGCUAUGAAAAGACACAGGAACUAGCCAAAGAUCUACGCAGCGUGGGAUGUGGCGACUUGGAUAUAGAAGGCCUAACAGAGUCUCUAUUUCUUGAUCACAAAGAUAUGUAUAUUGAAUAUGAGCAAGCUUCUUUGAGACAACUCUACAAAGCAAAGAUGGAAGAACUGCUUUCUGAGAGCCAGCUGUCGGGAGAGUCAACAGGCUCAAUUGGGCGGUCAAAAGGGGCUUCAAUAUCAUCUUCCCACCAACAGAUAUCUGUUACAGUGGUUACAGAGUUUGUGCGUUGGAACGAAGAAGCAAUUUCAAGAUGCACUUUGUUUUCACCUCAGCCUGCUAAUCUUGCAGCCAAUGUCAGAACUGUGUUCACUUGUCUUCUAGACCAAGUGAGUCAAUAUACAACAGAAGGCCUUGAAAGAGCUAGAGACGGCCUCACAGAAGCUGCAGCAUUAAGGGAGAGGUUCGUUCUGGGUACGAGUGUCAGUCGAAGAGUUGCUGCUGCUGCUGCUUCCGCUGCAGAAGCUGCUGCUGCUGCUGGUGAAAGCAGUUUUAGAUCUUUUAUGGUUGCUGUACAGCGGUGUGGAAGCAGUGUAGCUAUAGUACAACAAUACUUUGCUAACUCAAUUUCAAGGCUUCUGUUACCUGUGGAUGGCGCACAUGCUGCCUCUUGUGAAGAAAUGGGAACCGCUAUGUCCAGUGCAGAGGGUGCUGCCUAUAAAGGCCUCCAACAAUGCAUCGAGACAGUUAUGGCUGAGGUGGAACGGUUGCUUUCGGCCGAGCAGAAAGCUACCGACUAUAAGUCACCCGAUGAUGGCGUUGUUCCUGAUCACCGCCCUACAAAUGCAUGCAUAAGAGUUGUAGCAUAUCUCUCUCGUGUUCUUGAGGCAGCAUUCACCGCACUAGAAGGUCUCAACAAACAAGCUUUCCUAACAGAAUUGGGAAACCGCUUGCACAAAGGAUUAAGUAAUCACUGGCAGAAGUACACUUUUAAUCCCAGUGGAGGGCUAAGGCUGAAACGUGACAUUACUGAAUACGGGGAUUUUGUGCGUAGCUUUAAUGCUCCUACAGUUGAUGAGAAAUUUGAAUCACUAAGCAUCAUGGCGAAUGUCUUUAUCGUUGCACCUGAAAGCUUGUCGAGUCUAUUUGAAGGCACACCAAGCAUACUGAAAGACGCCCAAAGGUUUAUUCAGCUUAGAGAGGAUUAUAAAAGUGCAAAACUUGCAGCCAAACUCAGCUCCCUUUGGCCAAGCUCUUAAAGCGGAAGCGUACUAUUACCAUCAAAGGUCUCCGGGUGUCAUAUAACAUAUUCUAUCCACUUUUUUUUUUUUUUUUUUACUCUUUUUUAUGUUUCUUUUGAAAUGAGCAGAUUUUGUGCACUAGUUACCAGUUUAUUGUUUAUAUGGCUUUAGAUGCUACGUGUCUCGUGUGUUUUAUGUUCGACGUGGAUGUUAAUGUAAUUGUUGUAGAUUUUAGUUUAAAAUUUGGAAAUUCUUUAUAUGGACAAUAUUGCAUCA